UUCAUUUCUCUCUCCUGAGUAGUGCGUGCGAGAAUAGAAGGAGAGAGAGAGAGAGAGCAUUUAAGGGACGUCUUUGGACUGUUUCGUUCGUUUCGAGCGCGUCUCUCUCUCUUUUCCCCUCCUCUCUCUCUCUCUCUCUCUCGCUCUCUCUCCUCGACGUCGAAAUCUCUGGUGCGUUGUGGAGAAGCGGAGCGGGCCAAGUCGCCACCGCAUAAGCUUUGGCUUUUCCCCUUCUCUCUCUCUAUCUAUCUAUCUCUCCCUCCAUUUACUCGCCCUCGUCGUCGUCGUCCUCCUCCUCUCCUUCUCUCUCUCUAGGAUAUUCCGCAUUAAUGGCGGUUCAAGCCCAGUGUUACCCAUCCGAAGCUCUCUUCCUCACCAGAGGCGAGCGUGAGAAGAACGGCGUCGAACUCCCCCAACCCCCCUCUUCUUUCCUCGACCCAUCCCCCACCGUUUUCUUCUCCAACGGAGCGCGAGGUCGUAAGAGGGCGAGGGACGACGCCGCCGCCGCCGCCGGGGCCGCGGCUCCGCCUCCUUUUCCGGCGACGGCGACGAUGAUGAGCCUCGCGCAGCUUCAGAACCAGGCGCCGCCCCCGCCGCUCGUCUCCACCGGGCUCCGCCUAGCCUUCGAGGACCAACAACAACAACAACAACAACAACAACAACAGAAGCAGAAGCAGAGCGCGAAGCAAGCGUCGAAUCCGAUCCUCUCCACUUCGUCCUCUAACUCUUCUUCCUUGUUCGCCUCCCCCCUCGUCUCUGACGAGGUCGCGGCCCAAAUUAAGCAGCACAAGGACGAGAUCGAACAGUUCGUUAGCGCCCAGACCGAGCAGCUGCGGCGGGCCGUGGGCGAGAGGUGGCGGAGGCAGCAGCGGGCGCUGCUGGCCACGGCGGAGGCGGCGGCGGCGCGGCGCCUGCGGGAGAAGGAGGCCGAGGCGGAGCGCGCCGCGCGGCAAGGCGCCGAGCUCGAGGACCGGCUCGCGCGUCUCCGGGCCGAGUCGAUGGCGUGGCAGGCCAAGGCCCUCGCCGAGCAGGCCGAGGCCGCCGCGCUCCACGCCCAGCUCCAGCGCGCCGCGGCGGCCGCGCCGGCGGAGCUGCCCAGCGGCGGCGACGGGGCGGAGGACGCGGAGUCGGCGCACGUCGACCCGGACCGGGCCGAACCGGAACCGGGCCGGGCCUGCCGGGCCUGCCGGCUCAGGCCGGCCUCCGUGGUGCUCCUCCCCUGCCGCCACCUCUGCCUCUGCCACGCCUGCGACCUCGCCGCCUCCUCCUGCCCCCCUGUGGCUUUGGCCGACCGGGAAGCGUGCAGUCCCUUUUCUUCUACAACUCGUCGCCAAGGCGCCCCGCGGCGCGGCCGCGGCCCGCGCGCGCGCGCCGCCCGCCCGCGCGGCACCACACCCCCAUCGGAUCCCUCACCUCCUCACUCAAUCCCCACCCUCCAAAUGAGAAAAAUUAUAUGA